CUAAACGAACGAAACAAAAAGUAAAGUAGCCCCGUUGGAAACAGAGAGAGAGGCUUUCAUAGAACCGAACCAUGGCGGGCACAGCACAAGAGGUCACCAACGCAAUUACCCUCAAGGGCUCGGCACAGCUGGUGUCCGAGUUCUUCUACUUCGGCAUCAACAGCAUCUUGUACCAGCGAGGCAUCUACCCACCAGACUCCUUCACUUUCAAGCAGCAAUAUGGCCUCACCCUCUACACCACCACCGACGCCGCUGUCAAGGAGUACCUCGAUAACAUCCUGGCCCAGAUCAAGGAGUGGCUGGAGGCUGGCGAGGUGCAGAGGCUGGUGCUGGUGGUGGCUAACGUGGACACCAAGGAAGUACUGGAGCGUUGGGACUUCAUGGUGCAGCAGGAGGCCGGCUUCACUGCGGAGGAGGCUAAGGACGGCAAGGCAAGGACCAAGGACCUCAAGCUGAUUCAGAAGGAGAUGCGAGAUGUCAUUCGGCAGAUCACAGCCUGCGUCACUUUCCUUCCCCUGCUGGACUGUGUGUGCUCGUUUGACCUCCAGGUGUACACCCACAAGGACACCAAGGCCUCGGAGAAGUGGAUCGAGUCCCCACCCUGCUUCAUUGCUAAUUCUCAGGAAGUGCGGCUUAAGUCCUUUUCCACCUCCAUCCAACGAGUGGACACCUGCGUCAGCUACAAGAUGGAUGACUGAUGGGGUGGUGGUGGUGGUGGUGAACAGUGCCUUAAGGGAUGGUGAUGUGUUGAGUGAAGAUGUGGUGGUGAUGGGUGGAUGAUGGCCAGAUUUGAUGGUGGUGAUGGUGGGUGAAUGAAGGCAAGAUGUGGUGAUGGUGGUGAUUGAAGGCUAGAUGUGAUGGUGGUGGUGAGUGGCUGAAGGCAAGACAUGGUGAGGGUGAUGGUGGUGGUGAGUGAAGGCAAGAUAUGAUGUACUCUGCUUGAUCCUGUUUUUUUCUCAGUUACCAUCAAGUAUUAUCUAAUUGUAUCUGUUCCAACUUAUAUUACCCCCUUCUUGAUUGCUGUUUGACCUGUUUAACUUGUUUGACUUCCAUCUUGUGUUACCGAAGAGCAAUCAUCUUCCUCUUCUUCUUCCUGUCUUUCCCCGUUAACAGGAAGCAUUGAUCAUUGCCUCCUUGUCCCCUUCUUCCUUCUUUUCAUAAUUCAGUGUUCUAAGGUGCUGGCAGGUCACAUACUCAUUCAUGUUUCCUUAUGUUCCUCUUCACUAACAUUUUUCACAAUACUCUGCUCCAGUAUGUUUUUUUUUUUAUUUAAGGAAUGUGUUCUAUUCAUGUCUUCAGAAGAGUGAGCAAGAGGAGGCUGUGUAAUGUAAGGUAAUCGCUUCCUUUGCUUGUUGUUCUUGCUGUUCUGUAUCUUGAGUCUUCAGUGAUUGCUUGUAGGAAAGGUGACGAUUCCCACGACCUGUGCUGCUCUUGUGUCUGUCAGCCAGUCGCUUCCUCCUGCUGCCAAGUCGUGAUAUUACACAUUUGUUGCAGUGCGAGGUGUAUGUAUCCUAAAAUCACCUUCUCUGCCACAUUCCUGAGUUCAAAGUCCCACAUGGGGCAGCCCAGACAAGGCACCACAUUCCAAAGUUAGCGGUGGAUGAAUCUUUGCUGUGGCUUGUGAAGAGGUGGCCACGUGACACAAGAGUAAUGUAAGGGAGCUGAUCUUUCUGCUGUUCUGUUAGACUAAGCAUGUAUAUGAUAACUGCUCUUCCAUUCUGCUGUUUUUUUUUUUUUACUUGAUAUAAUAAAUAGAUUUUUUAACAAA